AUGUUCGAGCACUCGACGCUGCAGGAGGCUUACACGGGUGCCCUCAUCGCUGGCAAAGGCAAGACGCUCAACAACAUCAACAUUGUCAUGGAACGAUCCAAAUUCAAGACGGAGGAAUGGGUGCGAGUUCGUUUUGGCGCAGGCGUGCCGUGGAGGCGUUGCUGGUGCGUCAUCUCGCCGCCAGACGAGAAGGAGUACCAAAAGGCACAGAAGGAGAUGAAGAAAAAGUCGCCCUACGAGCGUUCCGGACCGCCCAUUCUCAAGGGAGACAUCAAGUUCUAUGACACCAAGGUCGAGGGUAAAAAGCAGAAGAAGGCUAAGCCGAUUGCCUCCAUCUCCGAUUCGUACUCCGCCUACGCCAUCUAUCCCCAGGCCAAGUCGCUCAUUGAUGCCUCGACACUUCUCAAGAUUGAAGGCAACAUUACAAUUCACUCGGACCCGCCUUCGUCGACCGAAGGCUUCGUCUUCAUCAUGCCUGAGGUGCAUCCCAUGGUCAGUGGCUUCGAGAUGCUGCUUCGCUUCCUGUUCCCUACGUGGGACACGUUCGCCCUCUAUGGUCGUCCAGGCAGGCUGGUUGCUAGCGUGCUAGACCCCAGAUCGCUCAUGUUCGCCAUGCCAAAGCACCGUCGAUACGGCUAUCUCGAGAUCCUUGACGUCACUGGCCUUAUUCUUAAGGACGGCAGCUCUGGAUGGUCCGAGAGCCAGUGGCGCAAGCAGCUCAAGGAACUCACCGGAACACGCAUGAACACGAUUGAGGACACCCCGUCCCCUCGCGGCCACAGCCGUGCUGGCAGCCGAAGAAGCAACCGCCUGAGUGGCGGCGUGCCUCAGCCGAGAGCCCGUGUCGGCUUUCGCGGAUGA